GACUGUGUUUUGGAAUCUACUCACUUCUACUGCACAGUUUUUUACGUUCAUCCCUGGAUUUCAGUUGCGUCAGUUGUGGGAGGACCAUCGGCCCGACAGAUCGGCAAUAAGCAGUCUAUGUUCUUCCUGUUGGCAGUUAUACUGGCCGAUUGACAUUUGUUGUUGUUGAGUACUCGUAGGUAGUUAUCCAAUGGCAAUGGGUGAUGGUGUGGUCACGAUGAUGUCACGAUCGUGUUGUCGCUUUUUAAGUGAUUCACACCAACCAUGAACUACUCUUCCACGGAUCCUGUCAUCAUCCUAUUUCUGGGCUUAUUUUCCACUUAGUGCGGAUUUGCUGUGUGAAUUAUCUUUUGCUAUGGGUUUAAUCUGCCCUGGUGGAGAAAUGGCCAAUGGUUCCUCUGAUAAUGUCCCCUCUCGUGUUUUAUCUCCUGCAGAAUACAAACGCAAACUGGAAAAUGCCAUGAGUCUAUUAACUGAUCGUCCUGACGGUGUGGCGGAUGUUUCUUCGUGUGGUCUGACGAAGCUUCCCAAAGACUUCUUCCAGAUUUGCGCCGUCUACGUGAAAGUGAAAGUUUUGAUAUCCGACAAUCAAAUCACUGAUUUGGAAAGCGGUGGGAAAAUUGAGGACGUGUCCAGAAUCCGCAUUCUGGAUGCACAUCGCAAUCGCCUGGAGAAGCUGCCUGUGAAUUUUGGCCUUGGUUUCAGUGCCUUACUCGAGCUGAAUUUAUCGGAUAAUCGGUUGAAAACCCUCCCGACCUCCUUCGGGAAUCUGCGCGCCCUGCAGACAUUAUUCCUGGCCAGGAAUAAUUUUUCAGAAUUUCCCAAUAUUAUCUGCGAGUGUCGACAGCUGCAGGAAUUGGAUAUUUCCGAAAAUUCCCUUUCCAAACUUCCCUUAACGUUCCAUCAGCUGCGUCGCCUGCAGACCUUCGUGUUCGACCACGACAAAGUGCUGUAUCCCUCCAAAGACGUCACGGUGCUCGGCGUGGAGGCCAUUCUGAAGAAGAUUUGUCAGGAUGACGGCAAAGAGUGGCUGAGCGAUGUGCCGGUGUUAAAUAAUCUGCCGCCAGCGACACGGACUCGUUCCGUGGAUUAUGGGAUGCGCCAGCAGGAACAGGCCAUUGCCGAGGCCCUGUCCAAGUCGGUCAGUUCUGUGACGAUUUUGGAGCGAUAUCGCGAGGAGGAGGCGCGUCUGCAGAAUGCCGUGGCGCGCUACAAGGAUGAUGAUAAUAUCAAAAAGAAGGAAGUGAUGAAAUUUCGCGCGGCCAUAGAAGAAGACGAUAAGCGGCAUUUGGAGAGUAUCCAUAAAGUGAAAGUGCGCGAACAAGAUAUGCUCAUGCGCUCGCUUCAGGAACGAGAAAAAAUGGAAGUGGAACUGCAGAAGCUGGCCCUCAACGUGGAAAUGGGCAAGCAGUCCCUUCUGGAAGCUCUGCGCAGUAUGGAAGCCCAUUCCCAGCGGUUACUGACUCAGUUGACUUCGCUGAGCGAAGAGCGCGCCAAAUACUACAAAUUCUACGAAGCCGAAUCCAAGAAAGCGGAUAACGCCUGGCGCACUCUACUACCGCAGAUGGAAACAUCGAAACGCGACAUGCUUCUCCUCGCUAUGAAAGCGCAGUUAGAAGACUCCGAGAAAUUCUCCAUAAUGUACAAACGAUUAAUGGACAACCUGCGUGCUCAGAACGAUAACGUCAUCAACAUGUACCGCGCGGAAGAACAAUUGUUCCCCUCGAUAUUAGCUAAACAGCAAGCUCAACAAGAAAACAUCAUCAAUCACAUGCUGAUGGAUGAGAAUGUCCACAAAGAAAUGUUCCGUGAGCUCCAGUUGAAAUCCGAUGCUGUCUAUAACCGGAUAGUCAGUGAUCUGAUUCUCUUGGAGAAUGAACUGGCAACGUUGUCCCUACUGGAGCAGAAGCAGACGGAAGAACGUAGCGUGGUGGUGAAGAAGUCGUUAGAAGAUGAACGGCUGCAGUUAGCUAAAAUGUACAAAAAGCUGAUGGUCGAGAAGGAACAGCGGGAAGCCCAGCUGAGGCGAAUUAUGCAGGAUAUGGAAAAAGAAGCAGCCAAACACGCUGAAUACUUCUGGUUGGCACAGUACGGCCGCUUGAUGGAACUGAUGCCGGAGACGUUGAAUAAACUCCCGGAGACGAAGAAGGUGGAGAUCGAUCUGGAUCCGAGUACAUCCAAAGGAAAAGGGGAGCCGCCGAAGGCCACCAGUCCAACCGCGACGGCAUUGCCGCAGACACUGCAUCUGGAGACCAUAUGUAGUGUGUGCAUGGAGCGGCCCUCCACCGAAAUCUUCCUGCCCUGUGGACACAUUUGCUGCUGCAAGGUAUGCAGUGAGCCAUUGACAGAGUGUCCACUGUGCCGGGCGGAAAUCGUGCAGAAAAUGACGUUGAACAAAUCCGGCAACGAAGAGAUAGUGUGACAGCUUAUACAUUAUAGCAGUUGUUUUUUCACAGUGCGCCGGUGUUUCUUGGUGAUUUUUUUGUAUAUGGUGCGGUCGAAUUGGGUCAUGUGAUUCUUCUGCGCACAGUAGUUUGUCGGUGUUUUUGGGUUUUGUUUUGUUGGUGAUUUAAAGAUGUGCAUUCAGUAAGUACAGAUACGUAUCGUACUUGCUGACUCGUAUAAUGAGUUAAAAAAUAGCGAGUCUGGA